CGCUUUGCAUGAGGGGCUGCGCCAGUGCUCACAGAUCCUGUGGCUUUGCUGGUAUUUUUUGCUUCAACCCCCCCAUUUUUCCCCCUUUAUUUCCAAGCCAGCCCCAUCCUUCCUCUUAGACUGAGCUUUGGGCUUUUAACCUGUUGCUUUUAACUCCGGCCGAGGCCCCGGGAUGGCUUCUCCCUGAUAAAUGCAACACCAGCACGACCUGGGGGGGAUUUCUGGGGAGUCUGAGGAUGUUUAAGAUUCAGCUAAACCCCUAAUUUCCACCUUUUUUUACCUACUUUGGGCUUCUUGUGCCCGGUCCCCAGGCUCGGGGACCCACAAACCCUCUGGCUGCCUUGAGAUUAAAAAACGGGGAGGAAAACAGCUCUGCUGCUGUGUGCUUUGCUCCUGGCGUGAGGAUGGUCUUGGGGAGGUGGCAAUUAGUAAAUUAGUGCAAAUGAGGAAGGUUUCUAUCCACGCCAGCUCCUGUUUCUUGUUUCUGUUCUCGCUCUUGUCACCAGAGGAGCUGCUGUUCCACCCCCACCAGGAAUGAUUUAAUGACAUUUUCCUGUGGAGCCCCGCAACCAGUUUUCAACUGGGAAGGAUAACAGAAAGCAACCAAACAAAACAGUGAGGAAAAAUGCAGCGCUGGGACAGAGAAAAGAGCCGCUUCCCGGUGGGCGCCGCGCUGCUCACCGCCGGCGGGGAGAUCUUCUCCGGGUGCAACGUGGAGAACGCCUGUUACAGCCUGGGGGUGUGCGCCGAGCGCACUGCCAUCCUAAAAGCCAUCUCCGAGGGACACACCAGCUUCAGGGCCAUGGCCAUCGCCAGGUGUUCCCCCCCAGCUCUAAGCUCUGUGCCCUUCUCCUUUGGCAGUGACAUGGGGGACAACUUCAUCGUGCCCUGCGGCGCCUGCAGACAAAUGAUGAGAGAGGUGACGGCUUGUGCGGGGGGUCCCACGUCUCCUGACCCCCAACAUCUUCCCCCAAAACACCCAGAGUUUGGCACGGACUGGGACAUCUACCUGACCAAAGCUGAUGGCACCUACAUUGUCAAGAGGCUGGAGGAGCUGCUGCCACUCUCCUUCGGCCCCGAGGACCUGAAGAAGGUGUGAGCAGCGCGACUUUCGCCCCUCGGCAGCCGGGGAGUACGGUUUUUCCCAAUUUCCCCAGUAUGUAAGCGGCUUUUAGGGCACGAUGCAAUGGGAAAUGUGUUUAUAGCAUUAAGUGACUUGUUCCUCUCGCUCAUUUUCUUGUUUAGCACUGAUUCACAGACCCCGCUUUGCCCUGGGGCAAUGGUGAAAUCAAAUAAUAGAAAAUCCCCAUUAUUAGAAAAAAUGUGUCCAGAUAUGGCUGUAAUCAAGGGGGAAGUUCACAGGCGGAGAAGGGUUUGAUGCACGGCUCAAGCUUGGGCUUGUUGGUGCAGAAACCACUCCCGAAUGAUGCAAAAUCAUUGUUUGGGAAAAUGCUAAAUUCUUCAGCUUUACAUGAGAAGUGAAAGCAAAAAGGAAAAGCUCCAUCACCCCCAGUAGUUAUUAAUAAGCCAAUUCAGAUUAGAUGAUUUGCUGGAAUUGGACGGUUA